CCAGCAGCGUUUCUGCGGACCAAGUACUGUGUUACUCCACUACAUUCUGGUAGGGAUCCCAAAUGGAGCAGAACUGGCUUGCAGUUCAUUAACCCAUCUCUCUCUCUCCGUUUGUGGUUGCUUUGGAGCUUUCUGGCCCAGGGGAAAACCCCUGGAGGAGUAUCGUUACUUGUCCCACAACCCAACAUCAAUGCAACUGUGGCACAAAAUAUCCUCCUCUCAGUUGAAUACUCUUGCAGAGGUGUCGCCACCAUUGAGUGGAAGCACGUGUCGAGCUGGGGCACUAAAAAAAUUGUUGAGUGGAAAAGCGGGAAUUAUGUUAACAUAUCCGCAGUCUACAAGGACAGAGUGACUAUUUUUGAAAAUGGCUCUAUACAGCUUCUGAACGUGGGCGUGAGAGAUGCUGGCUACUAUUUUGUCACUGUAACAGAGGAGUAUGGAACCAACAUCUACGGGACCAUCAUAGUCAAUGUUUACGAGAUUAUCUAUGAAGAUCUUCACUUUGUAGCAGUUUUCUUUGCAUUUCUCACUGCGGUAUCUGCCAUUUUGAUCUGCUUCAUGUGGCUGUGUAACAAAUUCGUGCAUCUCUUCCAGAAGAAGACACACAAACUAACAGCAAGUACAACGGAAGAGAUUGAAUUGGAAACCAUUGAGUGUUAGCCAAGAACCGUUUCUUAAUAAAAAUAACAGUUCUACCUCAGGAGAAAGUAUUGGCAAGGAAAGCAAGAAGAAACCUAAAAGGUAAAGUGUUUGUGACUAUUAUAGAAACAUCCUGACUUGUAAAGCUAAUUAACAUGAAAUCAGCACUGUCUGAUGGAGCUGUUUUUACCUGUUAAGAUUUUGGCUCUACCAGUCAAGGUCAAAGUGAAAGAGAGCAUGCUUUCAUAGCUGAGCGUGAACACAUUUCUGUGGUUAAUUAAUAAAAUCUACAGCUUCUACCACUCUUAGCACAACCAACCAACCAUGCCUCUAAUACCAAAACAUAGUGGAAAUGAUGAUGGUCUUGAAGGACACCUGUGUUUUGGCUACGGCAAGUCUCCUAUUACAGAGAGAACAGUAAUUAGUAUUCUUCAAUGUAAUAAACUUAGUAUCUAAUUACGGUACUACAUAAAAAAAAAAAAAUGGCAAGGAUAGAGUCCUGUUCAUUGUGCGUAUGCUGCUACUUUUCGGCAUGAUCCUGAAGCUCUGAAGAUAAACGGUAAUUCUUCAUGAGACAAAACGGACGUUGAAAUAAUGCCGAGCUGGUCAAAGUUCCAUCAGUUACUUUUUCAAUUGUGUACAUUGCCCAGGGAUGUUAACACACAUUUUAUGACUUUAUUAGGGAAGGUUGUUAAAUAAGGAACCACGCAGAGGUACGGAAGAUUAUGCUGCCUGUAAUGAUUAGAACGGUCAGAUAAAAUACUGACGCACCACACCAGUGGGGUGGGAGAAUAAUAAACAAACUGUUUUAUUGUGAAAGAUUGUUAAGUUCUUUGCAAACUUAGCCCACUGAAGAACAGUCUAUCUGGUAAGAGAAGUUAACAUAGCAUCAUUUUGAAAUGUCGUAUUUACAAUUACGGUCCUGAGAUCAUUCUUGCUGAGAGAAGCCACGUUUGCUUUCUUAUUUUGUAAGGAAAUAUGAAGUGAUCUAACCAGCAUUUUUUGAGUCUGUGAGCCUUAAAUUUUCCAACUGCAGAUCAGCUGGGUGGAAUAACAUUUGCUUUUGUGAGCGAGAAAGCACUAAAUGGACUAAGCUUCAAAUAAUCCUGUUUUGCUUUUGUAAACAGAAGAAUUUUGCAGUGUGAAAUAAACUUAGACAGAGACUGUGGAUUCGUCUGCAUCUGUAAACUGCCACAUGGCUCUCUGAGCCUAACUGCUGUUACCGCCUUUCUCACACUUUCAACUCGCUUGUUAAAGCUUUUACAAGGCAAGCGGACACACUUCUGCUCGCGGGGCAUACUGCGCUCAGGUGCAGACAUACUACGGGCUAGAUUCAUAAAAACAAAGAAAUUCUCACUAGAUGCCCAACAAUGCUGAUAGGUGCCAAGUAAACUUUUUCCAAAGCGCCCCAUACAUGUGAUACCUUUAAAAAGUCAACUGUGAGUGAACAGUUAGUAGACCGAAAGGCCUCUCGCCCGCUCAUAAAUUCAGUGCCGGACGCAGCUGGUUGCUGCAUCUACAAGAGGUCAGAACGAGUGAGGAACUGUAGGACAACCCCAGCUAGAGCUUGGCAAAGGAACAAUUUGUUCCUAUUCUUCACUUUAACUAUACUAUUAAUCUUCUGUAUCUGUGACUGACUUAAGCUUCGAUGACACAGGAGCUACAAGCAUGCCUGUUUUAAUCACCAAACUUGAAAGUACUUUGUAGGACGUCCAUAUCGCAUAUGGACACUAUGAAAGUUUUUUUUUCCUGUGCCUCUGUUUUCAAUUACCAUUUUUUUAAUCCCUAAAUCUCGAAACUUGAAUGUGAAAUUAUUCAUUAGGCUGAGUACGCAGUACAUGCACUGCCAGACAUAUUUAAAAGGUAUGAAAAGCGCUACUUACAGGAAAACACCACUAUUAUCUGCCAACAUUUACCUGAAUCCUGUCACUGUCAAGAGAAGAAGUCAUGGAAUGUAUACACAGAUGAAUGACCUUUGAAAGCUUUGCUGUAAGGGUAGUUUUAAAGUGUAAGUGAUCUCUACAGUAUUUGAAAUUUAGGAUGAAAGUAGUAAAUGAUCACUCAAAAUUCUUAAAGAUAAAAUACAACAGCAGUAAGAAGUCUCUAGCUAGCAACCUCUCUUGGCCUGGCUAAAAAUAUAGCAAUUUCAGGCAUCCAGCCUUAAUGAUUAGUUGGUACCAAUCUUGCUUUUAGGUUGUAACAUCCUAGACGAAGCACAGGGAUUCAAAGAAUAUUCAGUGAAGAUAGAGAGUACAGUUAGGUUUUGUACUUCUUUUCUUACAGACAUCGUCUACAAGUCUUAUCCAAAAUUUAACAUGCUUAUGUAGGAUAGGGUCACUUAUAAAAUGGUAAUAUUUUGUAAAACUAAUUUUUCCGCAAUAUACAUUAAUAAUGUCAGUAAUAUUUGACUUAAAAAACCCCAUAAGGCUUAGCAGCCUGGAGUUCAAUCUCUUGCUACAGGGGAAGUGACCAAAAUAUCUGAAUUUCUAUGGCAAGCUGCUAAAGUUGAAGUUUAGAAAUUAGUAAUGAUUCUUACUCCCGUUAUAAACUCCACAAACAGUGGAGAACAGCAGCAAAAGUGAAUAUUUAGAACAUUCCAAGUGAUCAAAGUGAUUAAGGCAUUUUGCAUCUAACUUUAAUUAAAGAGAUGUCCAAGUUCAUAGGACUGCUUUGGCAAUCAAUCCGAAGGUCUUAACCAUCCAUUAAUGUCUCCAUUUCAUAUGUUUAAAGACACAUUGCCAAGAAUUUCAAAAUUCUCUCUCUCUCAAAUUAGGAAUCUGAUAUUCAGUCUGUUUUCCAUUAGUGUUGAACACAUAGGAAUUCUCACUUUUAAAAGUCAGACUCUCAAGGUCCCUAAUCAUAUUUUGCAAUGCAUCGAAGCCUGAAAUAAUUCUUCCUCUUUACUAAGCCUUUGUGCAGUGUCUGCAACACAAGAGAAGUGUUCCUCUUGCAUCCAUUAGCUCUUUUCAGAAGGGGACAAACCUUGCAAUCUGAAAAAGCUAAUAGCUCCACCAUGAUCUUAGUAUUUGGCAAUGAAAUGCUUAUUUGACAGAAAGGAUACUGCUAUGCACUGACCUGUUUAAGUUAAAAAGACUGAAGCGUGAAGACGUUAUUUCAAGUUUAUAUAUUUAUCUUCCAAAUGAGUGAGAGAUUUGUUGUGUUGCCAGAGUCAACACAGUCCUAUUAUAGUCAGACGCAAGACAGAUGCAUCAGACUGUCAGCUGAAUUUCCAUCCACUGUUCAGUAAGUAUAAAUCCCUCUUUCUACCUGCAAUCCUACAGCAUCUACUAGCCAGGUAAUAUGGGAACAAGCAUCAUGUGUUGCAUAGGUUCACUCAUCUUUCAAGAAGAUGAAGACACAUACGCUAUUUUGAACUGGUAUUUCUUCAUUUUCAAGAGUUAUCCAAAACAAUUUAUGAGAAGCUGAAAGCAGAAUCUUUUCUCUCCCGUAGUUCAGCUAGGCAGAUAUAAGUACCUCAAGGAACAGAAAUAACCAUGUGUUCCAUACUGACAGGUACUACCAUAAGCACAGCAGCUGCUUUGGAUGCACGCUGAACAGCAGCUUACCACAAGCAGCUGCUUAAUAUAUGUAUUUCCUGUAGCUAUUCUUUAUUGCUCAAGAACAUAGUACCAUAGAAAUAUGAUGGUUCAAUUCAAACCUGCUCUACCCUAUGUAAAAAGUUCUCAUAUAUUUACACACACACACACCCCUUAUAAACACAUAACAUGAACAUAAUUCUAAACCAGUUCUACAGACAGAUUUCAAAAAGACCUUUAGCAAUUAAUCGUCAAACAAAAUGAAAGCUUUGCGUAACACCUUAAUAGAAACUACCAGGCAGCUACAAUUACAACCGAAAAACAAGUCACAUUACCUCUUUAUUAUUUUAAGAACUCAAAAGAUGUCCUGGAUGAUACUAAGUACCAGGGCAGAAAAAAAAGAAUAGCAUGAAUGUAGAGAUCCAAGACAUACUGCAUGCAAGUUCCCAGCUUCUACCCAGUCAUGAAUUCUCACAAAAAAAAAUUACCCACUAAUUCAUCAGGAGAAUUUUGUAAGCAGAGAAAGACCCUUCCUUCUAACGCGCUUGCAAAAGACAGAGACAGAAAUCACAACCAAAGUAGCUGACACCGUAGACUCAUCUGUGGCCACCAGAGGUAGGAAGCUUGCCACAAGCUGCGACUUUCUAACACUUCCAAAUCAUUAAAUACAUCUCUCAAAAAAAGAAAUGGAGUGGGUGACCCAGAGGCCACACCAAAGCACAGUUAACAUGAACCCCAGCUCAAGAACUGCACACAUAGUGAAGACUUGUUGCUCGAAUCUUAAGUUUCUUUAAACCUUAACUUUUGAUAAGAGUGCUCUGUUUCUCCUCCUUUCUCCCACUUCUAAAUCAAACAAGUCCCCUAUCUUCCAGGAUAGCCAGUCCCCACAAUAGAAGCCACCCAAAGGCUUAUCAAUAGCACAACGCAAUUCUAAUAAUCUCCUUCAUUCACUAAUGCCUGUAAAGAUCUACUGAGAAAGUCACUCUGAGCAGACAUCUUUCACGCAGUAAAGG